UCGGGGCCGAGAACCAUGAGCCCCGGGGGCGCGGGCUGCUCCAGCGGGCUGCUACUGACGGUCGGCUGGCUGCUCCUGGCGGGCCUGCAGUCCGCCUGUGGGACGAACGCCACCGCCGCCGCCCAGGAUCCCGGCUUGGCCCGCGAGGGCGAGGGCGAGGGCGAGAAUGAGGCGGAGGAGGAGGCCGAGAGCGAGAGCGAGGCUGAGAGCGAAGCCCAGUCUGUGGCUGAGGAGGAUGUUUCAAAUACGACAGUAGUCAAAGAAGUAGAAUUUGGGAUGUGCACCGUUACAUGUGGUGUUGGUAUCAGAGAAGUCAUACUAACAAAUGGAUGCCCUGGAGGUGAAUCCAAGUGUAUUGUACGGGUAGAAGAAUGCCGUGGACCAGUAGAUUGUGGCUGGGGUAGACCAGUUUCAGAAAGUCUUGAAAGUGUUAGACUAGCAUGUAUUCAUACAUCUCCUGUAAAUCGCUUCAAAUAUAUUUGGAAACUUCUAAGGCCAGACCAACAACCCAUUAUCCUUGCAAAUGAUUCAGCAAUCCUGGAAGUACGCAGGGAAGUUCAUCCCUCGGUUUUUGAGUGUUCUACCGUGGAUAAUAAUGAAAUAAUAGCAUCUGUGAAAUUCACAGUCUAUACAACAAGUGAAUUGCAAAUGAAAAGAUCAAGCCGACCAGAUACUGAUGCAGUCCUAGUUUUUGUGCUGACCAUAGGAGUUAUUAUCUGUAUAUUCGUGAUCUUUAUACUUAUCUUCAUAAUUAUAAACUGGGGGGCAGUCAAGUCUUUCUGGGGAGAAAAAGCCUCAACAACUGAGAUACAGUCUGAGCUGAGUUCAACAAGAUACAAAGAUUCAACUUCUCUUGACCAAUCACCAACAGAAAUACCUGGAAAUGAAGACGAUGCUUUAAGUGAAUGGAAUGAAUGA